AUGACGAUAAGUUCAAAAACCCGAUUUCCCCUUUCUCUCCCGGUCAUCGACUUUUCGAGUCGAGAUCUCAAACCAAAAACUCCCGAGUGGGACUCGGUUAGAACCCGAGUCCGAAAAGCCCUAGAAGAGUACGGAUGUUUCGAGGCCUUGUUUGAUGGAGCUUCCACGGAGCUAAGGAAGGCUAUUUUCAAGGCCGCAGAGGAACUUUAUGAUUUACCGUUGGAGACCAAACUGAGCACCAAAGUGAGCACUAAGUCAGGACAAAUUUACAAAGGUUACGGGACAAUUCCGACUAUGCCUUUAUACGAAGUCAUGGGGUUUUACGGUGUAGACAAUCCUGAGGUUGUCGAUGACUUGACUUACAAGCUUUGGCCUCAAGGCAAUAUCACCUUCAGCAAGAAUGUUCAGUCGUUUGCGGAGAAGUUAAUAGAACUAAACGUGAAGGUUAGGACAAUGAUCUUGGAGAGUUUCGGGCUCGAGAAAUACGUAAAGGAUCAUCUUAACUCAGCAACGAACCAGUUUCAAUUAAUCAAAUACAAAGGACUUAGCGAUAAUACAGAAGAGAAGCUAGGUUUCGAUCCUCAUAUCGAUAGACAGUUCCUUACCAUUCUUUCCCAGAACGAUGUAGUAGAUGGCUUGGAAAUCAAAACCAAAGAUGGUGAAGAGUGGAUCAAAUCUAAGCCAUCUCAAGACUCUUCUUUCCUUGUUAUGGCCGGAGCUUCUCUUCAUGUACUACUGAAUGGCGGGGUGUUUCCUCCGCUUCACCGUGUGGUUAUGACCGGGAAAAAAGAUCGGUAUGUGGCUGGACUGUUCUUGCGUCCUAAAGAAGGACUGAUCAUAAAUGCCCCUGAGGAGAUAGUCGAUGAUGAACAUCCUCGUCUCUAUAAGCCUUUUGAUUAUGAAGAUUACGUGAAAUUCACCAACACAUAUACUAAGAAGAGGGAUCUAUCUAAUCUCAAGACUUAUUGUGGCAUUUGA